AUGUCUCAUAUUACGCUUUCUUUUCAGACCCCCCUUUCCAUUCGAGAGGCUGAUCUCUACCUUGACGAUUUCUACCUUCCUGAGAUUCCCUAUCUGCCUUCCUCCUCUGACUCUCAGCCCCCCAAAGACAAUAUAGUCAACACAAGCAGACAAUCUAAUGGUCACCGACCGGCCAUCAUCGAUAAACCACUUGGAUCGGGUACAAUCGAAGUCACUGAGGUUUCUCAACUGCGUGACCACAUUGAUCGACUGGAGCGGGCAAAUCGCAACCUUCUUCUUCGUUUGGUAGGACGAGACUUGAAGCAGUAA